AUUAAGAAACAUUCCUGAUGUACGCCUGCUCCUUCUCCAACGUGGAUAGCUCCAACGCUGGGGGGGGAGCAGGGGAAGAGGGCCCGCCGGUUGCCCCGUUCUGCCUCUGCUGGGCUGGGUUCCUCAGCCCUCAGCCUCUCUCUGGGCCAAGCUCCAGGCAUCGGCCCCGCUGUCAUGAUGGUGUCCAAACAUGUGGACGGGUCUCUCAAUCAGUGGGCGGUGACGUUCGCCGAGCGCUCGGCGUUCUCCAAUGUUCUAACCGUGUCUCAUACGUUCCGUUACUGCGGUCACCGGUUCCACCUCAACGACCAGGCGUGUCACACCGUCCUUCCCCUACUGCUGACCUCCUCCCACCACAACGCUCUCCUCACCCCCCCCUCCGCCCCCGGCAGCAUCGACCUCGACCAGCCACCCACAAACACACCUCCCCCCAGAGGACGGCGCAGGAAGCAGCUGCGUAACGCGGCCACCAGYACGUUCCAUGACCCGAACGCCAUCUACAGUGAGCUGAUUCUGUGGAGGGUGGACCACAUAGGACCCCUGUCCUGCACUGGAGGGGUGUCAGAGCUGGCCCGAAUCAACUCCCUACACACAUCAGCCUUCUCCAAUGUAGCAUGGCUGCCUACCCUGGUACCCAGCUCUGUGCUAGGUACGUACUGUAACAGUUCCAGUGCSUGCUUCGUAGCGUCAGACGGUAAGAACUUACGUCUCUACCAGGCUGUGGUGGACGCCAGGAAACUACUGGACGAACUGUCAGACCCUGAGACCUCAAAACUAGUAGGAGAGGUAUUUAACAUUGUGAGCCAGCAGUCGACAGCCAGACCAGGCUGCAUCAUAGAACUAGAUGUCAUCACUAACCAGUGUGGAUCUACCACCCAGCUCCUUCAUGUUUUCCAGGAGGACUUUAUUUUGGGGUAUAAACCUCAGGAGGACCCAGAGCUCUACACUACAUCCUACCCUUAUACCGAGGAGUACCACCCUACUCCGUUCUCUGAGAAGUUCUUCCUGGUUGUCAUAGAGAAGGACGGAUCUGAACAUGAAACUCUGUGGCUGCAGAUGUGGCACCUGCACUACAGUCCGUGCAGGCCUGUGUGGAGGAACAACCUGCUAAGGUCUCUUUCUCACUUCCCCCUUAAAGACUAA